UAUUUAUACAACAAACAACACAAAUCUUUAUCUCAUUCAUCAAAACCAAACCAAAACUCACUCAUAACGUUUUUGUGAGACGAUAAUGAUGAUGAUGAAGAAGAUGUUUGUUCAGAUCGCUGUGGUUUGUCUAUUGGCGACGAUGGCUGUCGUCUCAGCCCACGAAGGUCACCACCAUGCACCAGCUCCUGCACCAGGACCCUCAUCUAGCUCAACCGUUGUUUCGGCCACCAAUAUGUUCACCGUCUUGGCUGUUGCCGCCGUGGCUCUCUUCGUUGGUUCCAACCACUAAGUUGUUUCCAUUACAUUACAUUCGUCUUUUUCUUUUUUCGUUUCUGUUUCUAUGAAUUUGUUCUCUUUUUGACUUUUAAUAUUUUUUUUGAUGAAAAUUUCCCAUUUGUUAUAACUCUUUCGAUCGAUGUUUAUCUUAUGAUUUCAUGAAUAAAUAACUCUUUUGGA